AUAUAUGCAUAUUAAUGUUUAAAAAAAAAAAUUAUAUACCAUAUAAAAUACAUAAGUAUUUUAAUUUCGAAUUUGAUUUGAAAUUUUUUGAUAAACAUUUUGAACAAUUAUUGACAACUUAAUAUUUAGAUUUUAAACUUGCAUUGAAUAUUUUUAAAAUUAUAAAUUACUAAAACUAUUAAACAUCCCAUAAUUUUCUUAUUGUUAUCAUUGAUUUAAAAUUUUUGUUAGAAAGAAAUACAAACGAUCAGAAAUAGUAUGAGUAUAAAAUAGUUUUUAACAGAUGUCAAUAUUAAAAAUGUACUAUAUAUCUAUGUUAAUAUCAUUUAAACUUAAUUUUAUAACAUAAAAAAUAGAAAAAGUGUUUGUCUGAAUAAAUAAAUUUUAUUUAAGUAUUUGUACAAAUUUAAUUAUAUACGUAAUAGUUACUAACUUUUUAACUACUCAAUAUAUAUUUAUUAUUUCAUAAUAUUUAAAAAAUAUAUAAUACUUAAAAAUAAUUUAUAUAUAAUAUUCAUUUCACGCAAGGCGCGGAUCUUAACCUAGUACCAAAUUAUAGACCUUCCAGUCCAGUUGAAAUCAUAUGGUGCGUUGACAACUUUUAUUUUUUUGUGCGUUGACAACUUAGCAAUGACGUUUUCGUAAAGAUGACAUGGUUCAUAUUUUUUUUAUAAUAAAGUUACGUUGUCUCUCUCCACCUGCUGCCACAUCAUCGGAAAAGAAAGGAGCGUUUUGAGACACAUGUCACUCUCAACGCACAAGCCAAAUCUGUGUUUUGUUCACUUUGCUUGGGCUGGACUUUUUGAUUGCGGAUGGAUUUUGUAAACAUUAUUUUGAUCGAGGAUGGACUUUAAAAAAAUGGAAAGCAACGUCAAUAUCUAAAUUUUAUCUUCGUUGGUGUUUCUUUCCGUCUUCUUCUUCUUGCCCGACGAAAUUUCCAGAGAUCUUUCACCUCUCCCAACGUCUCAACCUUCCAUUAUUACGUCUGUAACUCUGAUCUUCUGUGCCACUCCUCCAACUAUAAAUCAUUAAAUGGACCUCUUCGUAUCCUUAUCAUGCUCUUGAAGUCUGGUCGUUGCCUUCAGUCGGUGGUGACGGUCUCCUUCGUCUGUGUGAGGCUCGGAACAUGAAGAAAGGAAGGGAUCUCUUGGAGAUUGACAUGCUCCUGCUUGAUAAAUAGGUUGUCCUUUUCAUAUUCCAUCGCAUAUAUUUCUCAAUUUGGAUCUGCUGAUUCUUAUAUAAGUAGCCACAUUGUUCAUGUUUAUGCCUCUUACCAGUCAACGAUCCUCCAAGGUUCCAUCAUGUGCAUCAGCUGAUCACUUUCAAAAAUCUUCUCAGGGAGGAAGCUAUUUACGAGAUCAGUGGCAUUGAAGCAACCACCACACAAAAAUAUAUUCCAUUUUUGGUAAAUACAUGAACCCAAUGUCUGUUGAUGAAAUUGGGAAGUUUGUGAGAAUCAAAUUUAUUUUUAAUCCUUGCGUCUGGUUUGUGCAUAUUACAUAUUGUGGAUGAGUACAUUUUUUGGUCUAAAAGUUUGAAUAUCCUUUAUCAUUACAAUGAUGCACGCAGUAAUUUCUGAAUCUUAAAGUAACCCAAGAUUGUUUGGUUUGGUGUCUGCUUCUAAAGCCAUUGCUUGGUAUCCUUAUGUUAACGAGCUUCUUCCCAGUGUGGUAGGACUCAUGAUAGAUUCAUAUGUUUUUGAAAUACAACUAAUACUCAUUUAGGUUCCAUAGAUAGUUACAGUCAAAUAAAUUUCUUAUUAGUUUUGCCAUGAUUUCACAUUACAUAACGAAAUGCAUAACCCUCUUUGUUCUUGCAUAUGACAAUUUAGCUUGGUCAAAGAACGUAACAAGCUGCUAAGCACGCGUGGAUUCUCCCAAAACCAAAUCAUAGUAUAGAAAUACCUUACCUACUCCAAAUUAAUAAUUAUUUUGACCUUUGUCAAAGUAUGUGGUUGAGAAUGCAACUCUGACAGGUCACAUAUACCGAGGUAUGUACCUUGCAGUAUCACCUAACGGACAAAUGAUUGAAAUAUGAGCAGGAGAUGAAACCUUAAAGUUCUGAAAUGUCUUCCUGUCACUGGAAGCGGAGGUAAAACUGACCAGCAACUUGGUCCUUUCGUCUCUAUACGCAGAAUACAGCACUGAAAUCAGUGAGAAUAUUAAGGCUGGCUGAUAUUUAGACCAAAACAACAUGCACUGUUUUAGUGGACUCGACAUAGCUGAGGACAGCAGUCACAGCACCAGUGUUCUCAUCAGCUCCGCUAGGCAUUCCCGCUGUUGAUCAGUGAACUAGGGUCCCGGUCUGGGUCGGAAGUUUGGGAUGAUGUGUUUCAGCGUGUGAAUCAGUUGAAAACUCAUAUAUAUACUCUGGCUAUGGUAGAGAAACAUGAGCUUCUAUUGGGUUUUUGCGGGAGACUGAAUAUAGAUCAGAGUUCUUACUAAAUACAUACAAUUGUAUUGUAUGUAGCAACAGACCUAUGAAUCAAAUAUCUAAGUUACGAUUUAAGUGAUCGUACCCCACCAGUGUACCAUAAGGGGAGCAGAUGUUGAAGGCGCUGCAACAAGCAAGUGCUGUUGAUGAACAAUGUUUUGAUGCUUGGGUAAGGAUCAUGACUAUGACGAUGACUAUGACCAUGAUCGGGACAGAUGCAGAGACAGCGACUACAAUUGUGAAGCAGCUACGUAACUAAGAGAAACAUAUAUUAUUGUUAUCACUUUUUAAGUUUAAUGAAUGGAGAAAGUUAUGAAUUUUUAAAUCUGUUUGCUAAGUGAUUUAAAAGUAAAAAUAAAACGUUAUAUUUUAUUAACAUACUAAAAUAUAUACAUCAAUUACAUAUGUAAGUGUUUAUUGUAUUAUGAAGUCUAAAAUUGAUAAAUUAACAACAAUGUAUAAAAAUAAAAAUUCAAAGCAUAUUUUAGCCAUUCUAUCUUUCAAACAUCACAUAAGUAACAUAAUCCAUAAAUUUGAGUUUGAGAUUUUCCCUUAGUACACAUAGAAAAUUAAUAUGUAAGUAUAUAAAAAUAAAGUAAGAAGCAUUGUGAAAAUUAUAUUAUCAAAUGAUAUAAAAAAUAGGCUUUGUAUUAAUUUUUUCUAUUCUAAAGUAAAAUAUACAUUCUAUAUAUUUUAUAUCGAUUAUGCAAAUAGUACUUACAGUUACCUGUUACUAUAUUAUAUAAACAUAAGGUUGUUUUUAAAAGCACAAAAGCACAAAAAUUACUAUAGAACUAUUUUUUUUGUCAACGUUAUAGAACUAUUUUCUAAAAUUUAAAUAGCAGUACUUGGAAAGAAAAGUAUUCAAAACUCAAAAAAAAAAACACGAGGUCCACAUAUUAAAAAAUCCUAAAAAGUACAACGUUAACUUAUUAUGACAUUAACACUGGCCUAGCAAACAAUCCUAAGCAACUAUGAAGGCAAUAUAAUCAUCCAUCAACAGCCCAAUUCGUAACCAAUCUAAGGGCAAACAAACCUCCGCCUACUUACUACAUAAAGGAGAAUAAAAACAAAUGUUGUCAUUCAGAGAGAAUGAGAAAAGGAUAUCGGUGCUACAACUACUGUUCUCUUUUUUUUUUGAUACCACUUCUAAUUAUACGUUUCUUUUCAAACUUUUCCACCGCAUAUCCAACCACACAGUUACAAUACUCACAUAUUCCCCUCUUAAAACUCUGAUAAUCCUGCCAAUCUCAAAAUUUUCAUUGCUCAUAGCGAUAAAUGAAAAUUAAAGAUUAAGUGGUCGAAAAUAUAAAAUGUCAGUUUUUCAAAUUUGUACCAAAUAACACAGAAAAUAACGUAAGAGUGAAAUGAGAACAUAUCCAAAAUACCUCACAAACUUUUACACACGUGGUGAAGGAAUGCUGAAUUACAAAUUCUACAUAUACCAAUACAAUAAAUUACAACUUUAUUUGAUAUUGCUGAUAAUUUCACAUUCUUUGACAAGCACAAAAAAAUCUUCCAGUCACCAACAAUUUUUAUAAAGCCAUUAUAGAAUUAUAUAAGAUGAGCAUUUAAAUACAAUCUCAAACUCCCACACACAAUUAUCCUAAAUAAACAUAAACCAUUUGACAUUUAACCUCACAUGUUAACAAUCAAUUAUCACAAAAAGACCAACGUCCAUGGAAAUACAAAUCCUCUUACCCAAAAUAAGCCUAUAUACAAUUACAUAACAAAAUAUUUUUGUCUCACAUAAAACAACAUACACAAACACAACUCACAAAAGACAUUCCACAUACGAAAAUAAGCAACUUCAAAACAAAUUAAUACACUACGGUCGCUAAUCACUAUCAAAUGGAUCAGAAAAAAUAUCAUUCUCUUUCAACAUAUUUUCAUCUUCAAAUUUUUGAACACAUUUUUUUAUUAAAACCACAAAAUAAAUUAUAAAUUCAUUUAAUAAUAAAACAUACGAACCUGGCGCAUAGCGCCUGAAAACCACUAGUACUAGAUAAAGCGAAAAAAUUGUUUGGGUCUAAUGCAAUAAUAAGACAAAUGAAGCCCUUUUCUUAUUUAAAUGACAAAUUCCAUAAAUAACAUGUCAUUCAACCUCUUAGCAUUUUACUUCCAUGAGCCCAGUUACUGUUGUCAUUUUCAGUUUCAGACUUUAUAGGCCCAAGAAGUAGUUUAGCUUACGGCUGCCCAUAUGAUGUAAUAGACGGCACUAACUCUACUGGUGUUGAUCAACUUCUGAUGUGCAACUUAAACAUAUACAAAAUGCUUCUAAUGAUAUGCAUAUAAAAAAAUGCAGAUCAAACAUAAAAUGCAAACACAAAAUGCAUAUCAAGCAAAAUAAAUGCAGAUCUAACUGGUUAAACUAAUAUAUCUAACUAUAUAUAUGUGUGUGUGUGUUUAUGAAAUUUUAGAGAACUUUAAUAUAUAUAUAUAUAUAUAUAUAUAUAUGUAAAUAUUAGAUGAUUAUUAAUUACAUGCAUGAACUUAAUAAUCUAAUUUACGUAAAAAUAAAAAUUAAUUAAUUAGAACAUAAAAAUACUUAUGUGUCAUAAUAUAAUUGUAGAGAAUUUGUAAAGUUUAUAUUAGUAUUAUUGAAUAUAAAUUCUAGUGUUUUAAAGAAAAUAAAUUUUUCAUAAUUCAUUGAAGAUGAAAGAGUUAAAAUUUACUUUGAUUCCAAUUUUUAAUACAUGUUGAUAUAUAAGAAACCUGAAAAUAUAUUAGAAACAAUUAAUCACAAGAUAAAAAUAUCAUUUUAACAUAUUAUAAAAAAAUGGAUAAUGAUUUAUAUAUAAAACAAAAAAACCAAAAAACUUACAUAUUAGGGAUAUUUCUUAACUUGUGAUUAUGAAAAAUGAAAAGUGUUUUGAAUAUAGAGACAAGACUGUGUUAUAAGAAAAUAAAAAGAAGUCAAUCCAAAAGGUGUGGGCUGAGUGAGGCAACAGCUUACGUCCGUUUAGUGACCUGGCCCUGAGUAUAGAGAAAUGAAACAUUGGACUUGAGCCCCUAAACUUUUUAAAAAAAUUACAUUGAAAAGGCUUCCAAAUUUGUAAAAAAAAAAUAAACUUAAAUACAUUACUAAAAUGUUUAUGCCCCAACAUUUCAGGGACGUCCUACAUUUAUAAUAAUACUAGUUUAUGUCUCGCACCUUGUGCGGAUUAAUAAUCUAUAUAUAUAUAUAUAUAUGGUUGUCUCCUUCCUGGGCUCUCCACGUCAGAAACUCGAGUCUUGAGGAGUCGCCAUGUGUCCAGCCGAGCAAAACACACCGUAUCAUUUAAACUCUACCAUCGUGGGCUUCCAUCGCGGAACUGGGCUCUGAAAUAGGAAGAUUUAUCAAAAGAAAUUGUGAUACGGGGCUAGGUGAGAUUUCUUUUUCCCGUUCAGUUCUUGAUGGAUCAUUAUUGGGCUUUGAUUAAUGUUUAUCAAAUCGGCUUUAGUAAAUCAGGCUUUGUAUAUUGAUUAAAUGAAACCCACAUAUACGUCUCCCUUCUCCAAAACUCCGUUGCAGCCGCGAAGAACCAACUCAGACCAGCCUCAGUUGGAGGAAGCUGUCUGUGACUAAUCGAUUUGAACUCUUUUCAUUGGCAAACAAAAUCAUUUGGCUAAUCGAUUGGAGUUGUUUUACUGGCGACGAGAUCCGGCACCGUUACGUAAGUCGACCACAUUCAAGAAUCACAAUUAAGGCUCACAUUAACACCAUUUCUCUACUCCUCCCAUGAUUCUCAUUCAAUGAUGCCCUCAUUAAUCCAUUGUGUGAAUCCAAUGCUAUAAAUAUGUCCGACUGCAGAUGAUCUUUAUCCUCUAUUCGCAAUGUAUGGAAAGGUCGUGGAUUUCUUUAUUCCCAGAGAUUGAAGGUUAGUGAGAAACUAUGGUCUCAUGUCUUUGUGAUUGAAUCAUUUAUUGUUUCUCUUCUUUGAUGCGUGUUGUUUUGUUGUUUUAGACUGGUGAUUCACAUGGUUUUGCAUUUGUUCUCUUUAAGUACACAAAGCUUACAAAGAAGUGGAAAGGCUUGAUGGUAAUAUCAGUUUAUGCACAUGGUCAUUGUUUCAGGAAGAGUUGUUUUAAGUUUUUUUUUUUUUUAAGUUUUAAUUUUCGUUUUUUGCACUAACCAAAUUUUUAAUCGAUUCAUGUUUCUGCUUUUAUAUUACGUUAAUCCAGAACGGUAUUUAGUGUUAUUUCUAAUUAUUCAUCGUGUUUUCGGUUACUGCUACAUCUUCGCAUGUUUAGUGUUUUCAAUGUGAUAAAUGUAGAUCAUUGAAAUUCAUUUAUGGGGGAUGAUGAGUACGUUUUGGAAGUGGUUUGAUCAUUGAGUAAUAUUUUUGGUUCUUGGUUUUUCAAAAUCGUAGAAUGCAGUGGUCGAGUUUGUGUGGUGGUGAACUCGAAAGAAAAAGUUGUAGCAGAGAAGAUGCAUCAUCUCACCCUGGAGAUCAUUGUGGUUGGGAAGAAGAAGCUUUAUGAAGCGUAAGUGAACUUCAAGGAGUCGCAAGAGUUCAAGUCUGCCAAUGACGAUUCCCCUACCAUUACUCCCUCCUAUCUUGGCUGCAAAUAAGAUAUGACUACAAACGUUACAUAUAUUUAUGCAAAACAUAGAUUAAUCUUAAUAAAAAAUUUGAUCGUGAAAAUUUGGUUAUUGUGGACAGAUGAGCAUGAAUAUUGAUGGAGAUAAAGUUUCAUGAAAUGAUCAUUUCUCUUUGCAAAACUUGCUCCAUUUCUCACAUUGGCAUUGUUGGUUUUCUCAGGCCUGUGUGUUGAUCCAAUGGAGGAUUAGAAUCUGUUACGCGCAAGCUAUCUAUGGAAUUCCGAGAGAACAAAAUCAUGGAGCAUCAAGGAUCAGAUUUGAUGUGGGGAUGAAAUGAGCUUAUGAAUAAGAACUCUGUUCUUCUUCUCACCAACUCAUUAACACGAAUCUGGACAGUUGUUUCAUGUCUGAUCUUUGAGUCAUUGAUGAGAUUCAACAUGGUGGUAAUAGAUCCGUCAUCGCUCGGUUUUUUGUUAUCAGCAACAACAACAUCAACAGAGGUCUGAAACGGAGAGAUCAUGACAGAGACAACAACAACAAAAACCCAAGUCUUUGAAGAUAAACAGAGACAAGACAGGAAGUCACUUAUUGUUUCACCAUCCUCAAGAUGAUUCUGAAAAAGGAAGUUCAAGCUCACAUACGAUGAGAAUCAGUGGAAGUCUAAGAAACCAAGAACAGAGAAAGAAAUAGUUGGUUCUUCAAACAUUAGUUUCCAACAUUUAACUUCUUCGUAUGAUAGUGUCGAGCCAGAUGCAGAGGCGAUUGGACGGAUGAAAGAGAUUAAGUGAAAUGAAACAUUUUUACAAUUCAACGAAUCAAACACAUAACUAAAAUUUAAUUUUUUUUCUAUUUGACUCUUCACCUUAUAUAUAAUUUUCAAUAACAAAAAUAUCAGAUAUUUGGAUAUUAAAAUUUUUGAAAUUGGUAAGACAAAAAAAUAACUGAAAAUAAUUUUAUAAUUUUCUAGAAACUUAUAUUUUUAUAAUAUAUUAUAUACGUACAGAAUAUAUAAUAAGAAAAACUAAGAUUUAAACCAAAAACUCGGGCGUAGCCUGGGCCGACCCUAGUAUAUUAUAAAACAAAAUUAUUUUCUAAAAAUAUUUAAUUUGAUACAUUUUAAAUUAAUAUUAUAUGUUAUAAUACUUCAAUAUUCAUAUUUGUUUCAUAGUUUUAUUAUGUGAUGUAGAUUUUGGAUCAAAAUCUUUUCUAUAGUGAUAAUGAAAUUAAAACUUUUGGAUUUGGAACUAAACAUUUAUUGUAUUUGGGACUCAAAAAAGAAAUCCAGUGGCAUAUAUUAACUGAUCCAACCUAAUAAACCGAAGAAAUCGAUUAAAAUAUAAUAGUAUACUUAUAUAUAAAGUUAUAAUAGUUUUUAUUUGAAUCAAUAUUUCUAAUAAGAAUCAGAGAAAUUGGUUAUAAUAUUAGUCAUUAAAAUCAUAAAAUAAAUAUAAGAUAAACGUGAUUAUGAUAUUAUACGUAGAUAUUGUUAAUAUCAAUUGUUAAUAUCCAUUUAUUAAUUAAAUAUCUUAAAUAUUAUGAUAAUUAUGUAUUAAAUAUAUUUUUAAAAUAAUAGUGUAUAUAUAUAUUUAUGUUAAAGUUUAUUAAUUAUUUUAAAUAUCAUGAUAUAUAUAUAUAUAAAUUAAAUAAUAAUAUUAUUUAAAAUAAUGAAUUAUCCUAAAUUCAUGUAGGAUAUGUCAAGUAAACAAAUUUACUAAAUUAUGGAAAAUAUCACAAGUAAGCAAAUUCACUUCUCAAAUAAUAGUAUAGAGAACUAAAUAUUCAUUAUAAUUAUGUAUUAAAUAUAGUUUUUAAAAUAAUAUAUAUAUAUAUAUAUUUAGGUUAAUGUUUAAAUAAUAGUAUAUAUAUUUAGGUUAAUGUUUAUUAAUUAUUUUAAAUAUCAUGAUAUAUAUAUUAAAUAAACUUUUAAAUAAUAAUAUUAAUUAGACUAAUGACUUAUCUUAAAAUCAUGGAGAAUAUGAUAGAUAAACAAAUUUACUAAAAUUAUAAAGGAAAAGAUGAUAAAAUAAACAAAUUCACUUUUCAAAUAAUAGUAUAGAUUUAGAAUAACGUUAAUAGUUGCUCAAAAAAAAAGAACGUUUAUAAUAAUAUUUUCUGUAGUUAGAAUAGUGAAUUCAAACUCAAAAGCAACACAAGUCGCACGUUUUUCAUUUUUCUCCAUUGUAAUUUAGGGACCGUCCAUAAGUAAUCAAAGAUCCGAAAACCUGGACCAACAAUUUCCUACGUUUCCACGUGCCGGCCAUGGAAACCAAAUCCAAAUUCCUCAAUCCUUUAUAUCAUUUUUGGUUCACUUUGGGAAAUUACGCACGUCUUCAUUACCAUUCAUCAUCCAAAUAUGUAUAUAUACAUUCGUAGAACUCAACUCACUCACAUAUAAACCAAAGUUCCAUCUUUUCUUCAAAAUAUAAUCCUUUCAACCAAAUCUCAAAAGUCUCUUUUGAUCAAUGGCUUCUCAUGCUAUGUCUCUCCAAUCCAUCUCUACGACAACUCUCAACGACCUCUCCUGUAAUCACCAAUCUCAUCGUAGCUCUCUUCUCAGUUUCUAUAAACCUUUCCAGAAUCUUGGGAUCUCAUCCAACGUUCAAGAUUUCUCCUCUCGUUCAACUUCCACUCCCAAGAACCUCUCACUAUCUCAAGCUCUCUCCAAGAACUCUGGAGACACCGAACAUUUCAGACCAAGUAAAGUGCAAGAACUGAACGUGUACGAGAUCAACGAACUAGACCGACACAGCCCAAAAAUCCUAAAAAACGUAAUGAGCCUAAAGUUCCGUCUCGGCGAUCUCGUCCCAUUCACCAACAAACUCUACACCGCAGACCUCAAGAAGCGCGUGGGAAUCACCGCUGGUCUCUGUGUCGUGAUCCAACACGUCCCGGAGAAGAAAGGUGAUCGGUUCGAAGCUACUUACAGCUUCUACUUCGGCGACUACGGUCACUUGUCCGUACAAGGACCGUACCUGACCUACGAGGAAUCGUUCCUCGCCAUUACUGGUGGCACUGGAAUCUUUGAAGGUGCCUACGGACAGGUCAAACUUCAACAGCUCGUUUAUCCGACAAAACUCUUCUACACUUUCUACCUUAAGGGUCUUGCUUGUGAUUUACCGGUGGAGCUCACCGGAACUCCUGUUCCUCCGUCGAAGGACGUGAAGCCUGCUCCGGAAGCUAAGGCUUUGAAACCUAGCGGAAUUAUUAGUAACUUUACCAAUUAAAUUCAGUAAAAUUAGUCAUAUGUGCUUCUUGUGUCUUUGUACGAUGAUAUAUAUUAUUUUUAAAUAAAGAAAUAGAAAUUUAAAAUCUA